CCCCGGGAACCAGCACCGUGACUCACCCCUCGUCCCCGCUUGUGUCUCGCUCCCCUCCCCCGGCAGGAUGCCGGACCAGAUCUCCGUCUCCGAAUUCAUCGCCGAGACCACCGAGGACUACAACUCGCCCACCACGUCCAGCUUCACCACUCGGUUGCACAACUGCAGAAACACCGUCACGCAGCUGGAGGAGGCUCUAGACCAAGAUAGAACGGCCUUACAGAAAGUGAAAAAGUCUGUGAAAGCAAUAUAUAAUUCCGGUCAAGAUCAUGUACAAAAUGAAGAAAACUAUGCACAAGUUCUUGAUAAGUUUGGGAGUAAUUUUUUAAGUCGAGAUAACCCAGAUCUUGGCACCGCUUUUGUCAAGUUUUCAACCCUUACAAAGGAAUUGUCCACACUGCUGAAAAAUCUGCUCCAAGGUCUGAGUCACAAUGUGAUUUUCACCUUGGAUUCCUUGUUAAAAGGAGACCUCAAGGGAGUCAAAGGAGAUCUUAAGAAGCCAUUUGACAAAGCCUGGAAAGAUUAUGAGACAAAGUUUACAAAAAUUGAGAAGGAGAAGAGAGAGCAUGCAAAACAGCAUGGGAUGAUCAGGACCGAGAUAACUGGAGCAGAGAUUGCUGAGGAAAUGGAGAAAGAAAGGCGACUGUUUCAGCUCCAAAUGUGUGAAUAUCUCAUUAAAGUCAACGAAAUCAAGACCAAAAAGGGUGUGGAUCUGCUGCAGAAUCUUAUCAAGUAUUAUCAUGCACAGUGCAAUUUCUUUCAAGAUGGUUUGAAGACAGCUGAUAAGUUGAAACAGUACAUCGAAAAAUUGGCUGCUGACCUAUAUAAUAUAAAACAGACCCAGGAUGAAGAAAAGAAACAGCUCACAGCCCUCCGAGACCUAAUAAAAUCCUCUCUUCAACUUGAUCAGAAAGAAGAUUCCCAGAGCCGGCAGGGAGGAUACAGCAUGCACCAGCUCCAAGGCAAUAAGGAGUACGGCAGUGAGAAGAAGGGUUACCUGCUGAAGAAAAGUGAUGGGCUCCGGAAAGUGUGGCAGAGAAGGAAGUGUGCAGUGAAGAAUGGGAUUUUGACCAUCUCACAUGCCACGUCUAACAGGCAGCCAGCGAAGUUGAACCUUCUCACCUGCCAAGUGAAGCCGAAUGCCGAGGACAAGAAGUCUUUUGACCUGAUAUCACAUAAUAGGACGUAUCACUUUCAGGCAGAAGAUGAGCAGGAUUAUGUAGCGUGGAUAUCAGUGUUGACAAAUAGCAAAGAAGAGGCUCUGACCAUGGCCUUUCGCGGAGAGCAGAGUACUGGAGAGAACAGCUUGGAAGAUCUGACAAAAGCCAUCAUUGAGGACAUCCAGCGGCUGCCUGGGAAUGAUGUCUGCUGCGAUUGUGGCUCAUCAGAACCCACCUGGCUUUCGACCAACUUGGGUAUUUUGACCUGCAUAGAAUGUUCCGGCAUCCAUCGGGAAAUGGGGGUUCAUAUUUCUCGGAUUCAGUCUUUGGAACUAGACAAAUUAGGAACUUCUGAACUCUUGCUGGCCAAGAACAUAGGAAACAAUAGUUUUAAUGAUAUUAUGGAAGCAAAUUUACCUAGCCCCUCGCCAAAACCCACCCCUUCAAGUGAUAUGACUGUACGGAAAGAAUAUAUUACUGCGAAGUAUGUAGACCAUAGGUUUUCUAGAAAGAUGUGUUCAACUUCAUCAGCUAAACUGAAUGAAUUGCUCGAGGCCAUUAAAUCCAGGGAUCUACUUGCACUAAUUCAAGUCUAUGCAGAAGGAGUAGAGCUAAUGGAACCACUGCUGGACCCCGGACAGGAGCCAGGGGAGACGGCUCUUCACCUUGCAGUUCGAACUGCAGACCAGACAUCGCUACAUUUAGUUGACUUCCUCAUACAAAACUGUGGGAAUCUGGAUAAGCAGACCACCCUGGGGAACACAGUUCUACACUACUGUAGUAUGUAUGGUAAAUCAGAAUGUUUAAAGCUUCUUCUCAGGAGCAAACCCACUGUGGAUAUUGUGAACCAGGCUGGAGAGACUGCUCUUGACAUAGCAAAGAGACUAAAGGCCACCCAGUGUGAAGAUCUGCUUUCCCAGGCUAAAUCUGGAAAGUUUAACCCACAUGUCCAUGUAGAAUAUGAGUGGAAUCUUCGACAGGAUGAGAUGGAUGAGAGUGACGAUGAUCUGGAUGAUAAACCGAGCCCCGUCAAAAAAGAGCGCUCCCCGAGACCACAGAGCUUCUGCCACGCCUCCAGCAUCUCUCCCCAGGACAAGCUGUCGCUGCCGGGAUUCGGCACCCAGAGGGACAAGCAGCGGCUCUCCUAUGGCGCCUUCACCAACCAAAUCUUUCCCUCCACAAGCACAGACUCGCCCACAUCACCGACUACCGAGGCGCCACCGCUGCCGCCCAGAAACGCCGGGAAAGGUCCAACGGGCCCACCUUCAACACUCCCUCUAAGCACCCAGACCUCUAGUGGCAGCUCCACCCUGUCCAAGAAGAGGCCUCCUCCCCCACCACCAGGACACAAGAGAACCCUGUCCGACCCUCCCAGCCCACUACCUCAUGGGCCCCAAAACAAAGGCGCAGUUCCUUGGGGUAACGACGUGGGUCCGUCCUCUUCAAGUAAGACUGCGAACAAGUUUGAGGGACUGUCUCAGCAGUCAAGCACCAGUUCUGCAAAGACUGCCCUUGGCCCAAGAGUUCUUCCUAAACUACCUCAGAAAGUGGCACUAAGGAAAACAGACGCCAGUCAUCAUCUCUCGCUUGACAAAGCCGGUGUCCCGCCUGAAAUCUUCCAGAAGUCAUCGCAGAUGGCCGAGUUGCCGCAGAAGCCGCCCCCGGGAGACCUGCCCCCGAAGCCCACCGAGCUUGCCCCCAGGCCCCAGAUGGGAGAGCUGCCUCCGAAGCCGGGAGAGCUGCCCCCCAAGCCGCAGCUGGGCGACCUCCCGCCCAAGCCCCAGCUCUCUGAAUUGCCCCCCAAGCCGCAGAUGAAAGACCUGCCCCCCAAGCCGCAGCUGGGCGACCUGCUGGCCAAGCCCCAGCCCGCCGACAUCUCCCCCAAGACCCAGCCACCGGGGUCCCACCCACUGGAUCUGUCCCCAAACAUGCCGUCCCGAGACGCCGUCCCGAAGCAGGCCUCCGAGGACUCCGGUGACCUCACCCCCACGCUGCCCGAGACACCGGUGCCACUGCCCAGGAAAAUCAACACGGGGAAGAACAAAGUGAGGCGGGUGAAGACCAUCUAUGACUGCCAGGCCGACAACGACGACGAGCUCACCUUCAUUGAGGGGGAGGUGAUCAUCGUCACAGGGGAGGAGGACCAGGAGUGGUGGAUUGGGCACAUCGAGGGGCAGCCUGAAAGGAAGGGGGUCUUUCCAGUGUCCUUCGUUCACAUCCUGUCUGACUAGCGAAAGGAGCACGCCCUGGAGAUUGUCCACGCCCCUUGUGCAAGACUGCUGGCCUCGUGUCACCCCGCGCACACCGUGUACAUAGCUGCUGUUACAGAGCAGGAAGCUGCUGGAAGGGCCGCCUCGACGGGGGGAGAGUGUGCGCUGUAAAUAUCCUGUGGUCGUCCGCCUUCGCCAGUAUUAGGGUAGCCUUGGGACCCGGCACGCCUUACUGGUCUGCCAAAGCCAUCCUUGGCGUCUAGCACUUACAUCUCUAUCCAUGCUGUGUUUCAAGCAAACACACAAACAGAAAUAUCCGAACUGCCAGCUUCGCAAAUAGAAAACGGCCUCCAGCAGCCGCUGGGAGGCACAGAAUUCACACUCCGUUCCUAACAAUGCAGUAUUCGCCAUUGUGUUACUGAAAACACCGACAUUAGCAAAGAGGUGGGUUCUGUUUUCCAGGUGAAACUUUAGCUCCAUGACAGACCAGCCUGUAGUUAACCUGUGCACCGUUUACAGCUCCACAAACCUACUUUGGUAUUUAUUAAAGAAAAGUGCUCAGUUAAAUGUAAGUGUUAUUCCUUCAGCAAAAUGCUCGUUCGCCCAAAACCUCUGGUGACAUUUUACUAUGCCCACAGCCUCAUGCAAGUUUAGACAAGUAGAUUUAUACUGUCUUAAAAUGACGAGUGCCCAGCCCUGAGAUAUUAUUACCUCAUUAUGCAAAAAUACAUAUCCUUCAUGACUAUUUUGACAAAAGUUUAAAAUACAUCUGAAGAAGGUCAACUUUCAGGAACCAAGGACUGCCAGAAAUAUUAGCCUCUACAUUAUGCAUGCAUUUAGAAGCUUACCCGAAAUCUGCCUUUUAUAAAGGAAAAGUAUGGACAAGUUGAACUGUACAUUUUUUUAAAAAAAACUUGAUUGCCAUUAAAGCAGAAAUUAUAAGGUUGCAACAAUGUGUGUUUCUAGUCAGUCAUUUGACUUCCUCAGCAUGUAUUUACAUAUCAUAAUAUGAAUUGUAUCCUUCCAUGUGUUAAAGCAUCCAACCUGUCCAUUUUCAAUUGCUUUCUGAGUUUUGUUCUUAGGCAAAUUCAAACUUUGGAAGACUCUUCAAGAAGAUGGCAAGUUUAAAAGUCAACUCUCCACACAAUUUCCCCACUGUAAGAAGCCCAGGUGCUGACCUUUUUUUUUUUUUUUCAUGCUUGUGAUCAAACUGUAAGGGAGUUUUCCAGUCUUUCGCUCCAUUCAGUAGACACAUUACCCUUCAAGUCCGUUUACAAACACAUGUGUGAAUGCCACCAUGCAUUGCACUGUGCAGAAUGCUCUUCCCUCAGUGAGUCUCUCCCUCUUGGUUUUCUUUCACUCCUGUGUGUUUCUCGGACCACAAAGGCCAUCAUGAGCGGAUUUGGUCUCCUCCUUCCAUUGCAUUUUGAAUUUAAAAAAAAAAAAAAAGUUUCACUCCCUAGUCACAGUCUGUUCUCCGAAUCCCAGGCUCAUGUGACCGGCAUGGCAACACAACCGAAAACUGAAAUUCUUACGCAGCUCCUCUUGGCAGCGAGUGAGAAAAUGCUCAUUUCACAGAAGCACAACCCCCAGCCCAGCCCCUAGGAAAAGCCCCUCCAGCAGCCACCGUGCUCGGUGAACAUGAGUUCAGUCCUGCUUCAGUGAUUACGCUCAGUAGCCACCUGAUAAAUUAAGUAUUGCAUGAUAAACCUGCAACAUACCCACUGUUACUGGAAAGUGAUUUUUUAAGCUGUUGCUUCCUGCGUUUGGGGGCCCUGGGGGUGCUUCCCACACAGGAUGAGCCCAUCAGGACUCCGUGGUGUGUGUGGCUAACAGCGCCGGUGGGUGUCCAGAGUGCUUAAGCCACACUGAUGUGAGCACAGGAAGCAAGGGAAGGUUGCUGUGCUGUCCCACAUAGUUCGUGUACAUGUCUUAUAUUGCUUUACAGAACUACAUUCUUGUGGCCUGCAGUUUCUUCAUCUGAUUUCGAACUGGUUUUGAACCAAAACUAAACUUAAUAUUAAAAUUACAUGACGUCGAGAUCUAAUAACUUCUUUCCCCUUUUGUAGAAACUUACAUUUUUAAUACUUUUUUCUGGUUUGGUUUUUUGUUUUCUAUCAAUAAUUUGAGUUCUCUCUAACCCCAACUUCCUGUGGGACAUAGGAAAAGUCGGUAUAAAUACCCUUGGUGAUCUAAGUUGAGUUUAAAUAGAAUAUUGUGCAUAAAGUCAAGUGAGCCACUAUCUGCAAUUUUGUACAUGAUAAAGUAUUUUAAAGGUAUGGAAAUUUACGAAAAAAUAGCUAGUUCUUUCCCCCUCCCCCCCACAGAGGGGAAAGUUAUGUUCUGCAAAUAGUGUGCAUUCUAUUUUACUGUUGAACAACAAUUGCUAUUUAUUUUUUUAUUGCCUAGAACUUCAGCAUAUUGUAUAGGAACCCUGUAGGGCCACUAGUUGAAUUCCCUGUUCUUAUCUGGAUGUCACCGUCAGGCAUCAGUACUCUUGUCAUUUUACGUGUAUUUAAUGUGACAGCCUUUCAGUACUGUAUGUGUUCAUUUCUACUUUUUUUAAUAUUUAAAAUUGCUUUUAAAUAAACAUUCUCAGUUGA